AUGGCAAAUACCCAAAACAUUGAAACAACUGAUUCUUCUAAUCACACUGGAAACACAGGAAAUGCCCAGAUCAAUACCAGCAGAAGCACCAUAGAUGCUUAUCACCCCUAUUUUCUUCACUCUUCUGACUCUCCAGGAAUGGCCCUUAUCAAUAACCCUUUUGAUGGCAAGGGUUACCAAGAUUGGAAGAGAACAAUUCUCAUAGCCUUGUCUGCUAAAAACAAGCUGGGUUUCAUCUCAGGAUCAAAUGUUGCUCCUUCAACAGAUUUUGCAGACCAUCAACUUUGGAGCAGGUGUAAUGAUAUGGUAACCUCCUGGUUGCUCAACUCUCUGUCAAAGGAAAUAGGAGACAGUGUCAUUUAUUCAAGAACUGCCAAAGAGUUAUGGGUCAGUUUGGAGCACAGAUUUGGCCAGUCUAAUGGGGCCAAACUUUAUCAUGUACAAAAGCAACUAAGUGGUUUAGUACAAGGAACAUCUAAUGUUGCUGGAUACUUUACUAAAUUAAAAAGGCUAUGGGAUGAAAUUGAGUCAUAGAAUGAAAAUGUCAAGUGUAGUUGUUUGUGCAUUUGUGAAGGGAGACAUAAACUACAGAAAUCACUUAAAGAUGAGAGACUCAUUCAAUUCCUUAUGGGAUUGAAUAAUGUCUACUCACAAGCAAGAGGAAAUAUACAUAUGUUAAACCUUCUUACUAACAUCAACCAUGCCUACUCACUUCUUUUACAGGAUGAAAAUCAAAGGGAAGUGUAUGUGAAUCCCCAAGUUUCAAGUGACUCUUUAACUUUUAUGGUCAAUAGGCAAGCACAAGUACCACAGAGAAACUUCAGGCCACAACAAAAGAAUGUUCGAAACUAUCAAAGGCAAGGAGGAAACAAUCAGAGAAGUGGAAACACCUUCCAAAGGGCAGGUAAUCCUAAUGGACCAGUCUUCAAAGUCAAGAAAUCAAAAUACAAUCCCAAUGCUACUUGCACUUACUGCAAAAAGACAGGACAUUAUGUGGAAGAUUGCUAGAGGCUUAUUGGUUUUCCUGAGGACUUUCAGGUCACUAAGGUCAGAGGAAAUGGUGUAAAAGCGGAGGAAGGUUUUGAGGAGACAAACAAGAUGCACACCCCUGCAAAUACCCAGUAUCUUGGAGGCUAUGCCAAGCAGUUUAGUGAUGAUCAAUACAGUCAAAUCAAGCAGAUGAUUCAGCAAGCAAAGCUAGGAGAUGUGGCAGGAACAUCAGGAACAUCUGAGUUUAAUGCUAAUGCCAUAGCUGGCCCCUUUGAUGAAGAGGGGACAAGUUUUUGGUGAAUCUUCAGAGGGACUCUACCUCAUUAAGCCUAAGAGUGUCAAGCCAAGUCUGCUGCCUAGUUCAAAUGUUUCUUUACCUUUCUUAGAGAAUAAGAGUUUUGUAGUCUCUAGUUCAGUUUCAAAUUUUGUCCCUGUUUGUACUAGUGCAAUAUCUAAUGUAAGACUGUGGCAUAACAGACUAGGGCAUUUGCCCAUUUCAUCAAUGAAAAGUUUAAGUUUCAUUUC